AUGCGUCCGGUGACGCUGCGCCCCAACUACACGAGCACGCCCCAGCUGAUCGCAGCAGCGACAACAGCAGCGACAACAGCAGCGACGGCAGCAGCGACGGCAGCAGCGAUGUCAGCCACAGGGAUGCUCGCACUCAUUUCCGCCGUCGGCACCAUCGCCGUCACUCCCGCCACUCCCGCCACGCCCAACGCCACUCCCGCCACUCCCGCCACGCCCAACGCCACUCCCGCCACUCCCGCCACGCCCAACGCCACUCCCGCCACGCCCAACGCCACUCCCGCCACCACCGCCACGCCCAACGCCACUCCCGCCACUCCCGCCACGCCCAACGCCACUCCCGCCACCACCGCCACGUCCAACGCCACUCCCGCCACCACCGCCACGCCCAACGCCACCACCGCCACGCCCAACGCCACUCCCGCCACCACCGCCACCGCAGCAGCAGUGGCAGCGACAGCGACAGCAGUCACAGCCACCGGGGUGUUAGCAUCCAUGCCCAUCGCCUCAACCAUGCCUGAGAAGCGACAGGGAGGCUGGCGGCCCUUGUGA